UACAAUGCUCCCAGUGUGGAACGAGUUUUACCAUGUUAGCUAACCUGAAAAGGCACGAGAGAAUACACACAGGAGAAAAGCCUUAUCACUGUUCCCAAUGUGGAAUGAGUUUUAAUCAGGAUGGGGACCUACAAGCUCAUAAGAGGAAACACACAGGAGAAAAGCCUUUCCAAUGUUCUCAGUGUGGAAAGAGUUUUACUAAGAUAGGGCAAUUAAAGGAACAUGAGAGAAUACACACAGGAGAAAAGCCUUGCCAAUGUUCCCACUGUGGGAUGAGUUUUAUUCAGUUAUGGGACCUACAAGCCCAUGAGAGGAUACACACAGGAGAAAAGCCUUUCCAAUGUUCCAAGUGUGGAAAGAGUUUUACUCAGAUAGGGCACCUGAAAGCUCAUGAGAGGAUACACACAGGAGAAAAGCCUUACCAAUGUUCCCAGUGUGAAAAUAGUUUUACAAUGUUAACUAACCUGAAAAGGCAUGAGAGAAUACACACAGGAGAAAAGCCUUAUAGCUGUGGUCAAUGUGGGAAGAGUUUUGGUCAAUCUAGCAAUCUGACUCAACACCAAAGAAUACACACAGGAGAGAACCCCUAUAGCUGUACUCAAUGUGGGAAGAAUUUUACUCAGUCAAACAGCCUGGUACAACACCAGAUAACACACACAGGAGAGAUAAUCUUCUGCUGCUCUGACUGUGGUAAAAGAUUCAACUAUUCAGUAAAACUUAAAAUACAUCAAAGACAUCACACAAGAGAGAAACCAUAUGGCUGUGCUCAAUGUGGGAAGAGUUUUGUUAAAUCUAGCCAUCUGACUGCACACCAGAGAACACACACAGGAGAGAAACCAUAUAGCUGUGAUCAAUGUGGGAAGAGUUUCGUUUCAUCUAGCAGUCUGACUGUACACCAGAGAACACACACAGGAGAGAAACCAUAUAGCUGUGAUCAAUGUGGGAAGAGUUUUGCUAAAUCUAGCCAGCUGACGCUACACCAGAGAAUACACACAGGAGAGAAACCAUAUAGCUGUAAUCAAUGUGGGAAGAGUUUUUCUACAUCUGGCUCUCUAACAAAACACCGGAGAACACACACGGGAGAGAAAUCAUAUAGCUGUAAUCAAUGUGGGAAGAGUUUUUCUACAUCUGGCUCUCUGACUGUACACCGGAGAACACACACAGGAGAGAAAUCUUAUAGCUGUAAUCAAUGUGGGAAGAGUUUUUCUACUUCUAGCUAUCUAACUAUACACCAGAGAACGCACACAGGAGAGAAUCCGUGCUGUGAUCAAUGUGGGAAGAGUUUUUCUACUUCUAGCUAUCUAACUAUACACCAGAGAACACACACAGGAGAGAAGUCUUAUAGCUGUGAUCAAUGUGGGAAGCGUUUUACUUGGCCAAACAGCCUGAAUAUACACAAAAUCCACACAGGAGAGAAACCUUUUAGCUGUACUCAAUGUGGGAAGAGUUUUACUCAAUCAGCCAGCCUGAUAUCACACCAGAGAACACACACAGGAGAGAAACCUUAUAACUGUGCUCAAUGUGGGAAGAGUUUUACUAGAUCAACCGGCCUGACAUCACACCAGAGAACACACACAGGAGAGAAACCUUAUAGCUGUGAUGAAUGUGGGAAGAGUUUUACUCGUUCAACCAGCCUGAAAUCACACCGUAGAACACACACAGGAGAGGAAAUCUUAUAGCUGUCUCAAUG